CUUCCUGAUUUCCCCCCAUUACUACAUUUGUCACACUCAAGAGUUGGAAAGAAAAUGUGAUUAAUUCAAAGAAAAGUUACCCAAAACAAACUGCUUGCUUGUGCCACCUGUAGUAGCACCAACUGCUAACACUUCCAAUAACUGGAGAUCAGUCUAUCACAUCGCGGUGGAGGGAUCCUGGUGCACUCAUUGCAGAAUUGCUGUAAUUCACUGAUAUUGGAGGGUUUUCUAGCAUGAAUUGCUUGUUUAAAUGGUGGAACGCCAGCCACUCCAGGGAAUAUUCCCCACUGUUCCGUUUUCUUCCUUUGGAGAUAAUGGCUCUCACUGUGUGAUUUGCUUAGAAAUUGCUUUGUAACCCUUUCCAGGCUGAUAUACCUCAAUAGCAGUUCUUCCUCAUCUUUUCUGGACUUUCUUCAUACUGCUACAUGGCGUGUUACUUGUCGAGACCCUUGUAGCGUACUUGACAUUGAUGAUUCUAUACGGAUCAUGUUCAGAUUGAACAGGGCUGGCUGUAGUCAAGCCUCGGUGUGUCCAAGGAUCUUCUGAAGUUUGGUCCUUCAAAUUCAACUGUUUUCAAUUAAACACUGAAUUUAGGUCUUUACUCAGGUUGUCUUCUUAUAUUAUAUUUUGCAUGGAGAUCUGACACCAUUCAAUGUGAAAAAAUAUUCAACAACAGACGAGCAGCAGUGUACGUAUUUCGUACCUCUCUUCUACAGCGCUCAGUCAUAACCUGACUAGAACAUGUGUAGAACGUGUAUGUGCUAGCAAGUCAUUUUUUUGGUCUGAACUUGUGCCCAACUGCCACUUACGUCAAAGAAACAAGAGCUCGUUUCCAUGACAGUUUGAGACUUUUGGACCAACACAGCACUCCCCUCUGCUCCAAAAACACACACACACCUUCCAACUGCUUGUAUGGACUUGAGCUCAGGAGUCUGAAUGGGCUUGUGCAUACAGAGGUACACUUCGCUUUAAUGACGUAAACCACCUUUAAGGAAUAAAACAACAGCAGCGUUGAGAGGUGGUGUCUUACUAGUGCUGUAUUAACGGUUAGUCUGACAGUCAGAUGAGUCAGUUAUGUUAUACAGCCCCUCCUUCCUCCCCAACACCAAAUGUUUCCCACUGUAACAUAGCAACCAACAGUGUGGCGAUAGUGAACGACUUUGUGAAUUCUCGUGAUGACCCUGCUGAUUCAGAUCUUGGCUUCUACACAUGAUCUCCAAUCUCAUGGCAGAAUUUCCUUGUAAACGUAGUUCCGUCUGUGGUUGUGCGUUCAUAAACACGGACUGAGGUCGUGGGACGUGGGAGUCAAAUCUGGGGGUGGCUGAUACUGUGCGUGCGUGUGAUUCUCACAAAACCCGUUUUUAAGGACUGUGGCGCAUUGAGAUACGAAACCAUGAUGAUUGGCAAGAAUCACCUGUCACUCUGAGGUCCAAGAUGGGUGGUUGUUUUUUGCCUUUGACUACCUUUACUCAAUUUGGCAUUUUCAUGACCAAAACAAUUAAGAAGCUCAAACUGAGAAGUCUGAUUUAGUUUUAUAAUAAUUUUUUGAUUCAAUUUUAAAUAGAUAUUCAGGGGUAUGUUUAACUCAGGCCAAUACACAUGGGAAGCAAUGUUUGAAACAACAUUAUAAGUGUAACUUAUUUGUACUUGACUUGAAAAGAUACUAUUAAACUUUUCUGAUAGAAAAAUAUAUAAAUUAAAUACAUACAGGUACAUCUUCUCAGCGAUCCAAGAGGUGUGUGUGUGUGUGUGUGUGUGUGUGUGUGUGUGUGCGUCAAUGCCUCUUCCAAAGCCUCCAGGUGUUUGAGCCCCACCUAUGAGCCUCUGUUGUGAGAUGAAAGACUAAGAGAAGCAGAGGAAGAUAAAGUUAGACGUGGGUUGGUCGAAAUUUCAAUUCUCUUGCCUCACUUUUGAAAACCGUCCUCAUCUUUGAUUUAAAACUAUUUUUCUCCCUCCGGUCACAUUGUCUUCCUUCAUACUUGCUCUUCCAGUGCCUGUAAAAGAUAUGGGUACAUCCAGGAGUUAACAGGCAUGUUCAGACAGAUGACUGUGUACUGAUCUAACGGCUCAGCAUUUGGGAGUACAAGUACGGAAGGAGCAACCUGAACUGGAACCUCAGAGGUGGACCGGUGGCCUGAAGACUGCUAACCAUAAAGGGUUGCCAAGGCCCACGUGAACAGCGGCUAUGCCAUCAGAAAAGAAAACCCAAGCGGAAGGACGGAACAUGUGGACGAAACAAAACACAAGGAAGGUCUUUCCAUUUCAAAUUCACAAAUCCCUUUUUCUACUCCUGCUCUGUCCAAGCACAGUGAUGGCCAGCAACACGACAUCUUUCACAGCUCUCACUAACUCCACCGCCGCGCCCUUCAAUGGCACCGACAAGACCGCUGUCAAUAACACGCUCAGCCCAUACAACUCCUCCACCGUCCAGCGCAACUCCUCCUCCACCUCCCCUGUCCAGGACGCAGUGCCGGGCUGUGCCGUCGAUCUGGACCCCAGGUACUCCUACCUGUGUGACCGCCGGGCAGCGUGGGGCAUCGUGGUGGAAAGCCUGGCCACGCUGGGCUUUUUGGUCUGCGUGGGACUGCUGGUGGGACUGCUGUUCUGGAACCUCUGGGCGUGUGUUUCCUCUCGUAGCUGCAGAGGUGUUGGAGGGGGCUCGGCGUCCGUGGCUCUGUUCCUGAUCGCCACGGCUGGGAUUUUUGCCCUGACCUUUGCCUUCAUCGUCCGCCUCACUCCCCAGACCUGCCCCACGCGUCUCUUCUUGUUCGGGGUGCUGUUCUCCCUGGCGUUUUCCUGCCUGCUGGUGCGCGGCCUGGUCCUGCUGGGCUGGGCAGUGGUGUGGGGCCUGGGGGAGGCAGGGCUGGCCCUGGCCCUCUUCACCGUCCAGGUGGUCAUCGCCACGGAGUGGCUGAUUAUUGUGCUGCUGCGGGAUGGCCAGCCCUGCCAGUACUCCCAGGGAGAGUUUGUCAUGCUUCUCAUCUACGUGUUGGUUCUAUUGGCCACCGGCCUGGUUAUGUCCCUGUGCUGCCUCUGCCACUCCUGCAACACCUACAGCUAUGGUGGCAACAGGCAAGAAGGCCUGCUCCACGCUGGGCUGCUCGGCCUCACCCUGACGCUGUCUGCCGCCAUCUGGGUGGUGUGGAUUGCCCUGCUAACCCGGGGCAACUUGCAGAUUGGCCGGCGGCCUCAGUGGGAUGACCCGGUGCUGAGUAUAGCCCUGGUGGCCAAUGGAUGGGUCCUACUGCUUGGCCACGGACUUGCUCAAGUAGCUCUCCUCUGCAGUGGGGAGGCCAGCUCCAAGGACGGCCCCUUAGACUUUGGUGGAUGGAUCAGCCCCGACGGCAACAUACCAAGUCUGGUCGGCCCGAAAGAAGGAAGGGAUAACGGAAGCUUUGAGAACGACGGUGUGGACAAAGGAGGCAGAAGGCUGCCUGCUCUUCGGUCACCAUACGAGUCUGGAUUCUCAAUGACAGAAAUAGAUCCGGAAAAAGAUUACUCAAUCCCUCGGCCUCAGACCACCAACAUCAGCGAGCCCUAUCCUGAAUACUAUGGACACAGCCUGCCAGAUUAGCAUCAUAGUAUUUUAUGUACUCUCACACACACACACACACACACACACACGUCUAACUUGAGCUCUUUAAAUGGGGACAUUACGACUUACCUACCUGACACUCAACUGGAAAAAUCCAUCCCUAAACCUAAUUGUUGUCCCCAUUUAUAUAGGAUGCCCACACAUCUCUCUCUCUCUCCCUCACACACACACGGUAACAGCUUAACAAACACAUGACACAGAUUUUUCAGUUCAGCUACAAAUGUAGUAAUAUAUAGAACUUCCACUGCAAAAUGAUUUCCAUAUGUGAUAACAGUCAGGAUUCAAUCAAGCCCAUAUGCUUUUGUAAUGUUUAAACAAUGUCUGUUCAUACAAUCGUCAUCCUGUGCACACACUUCAGAGAGACGGCUGUGAGUUCCCUGGAAAAAGACCUACUGUGGAAAUGCUGCAAUGCAGGUUUAUUUCAAUUGAGCCCGAUGACUGGGCUGCUCCGUUUCAUUCAUCUGUACUCAGGCUGGAUCCAGAAAAAACUAGUUUACCGAAGUUGAGCUAAUGUGACAAGACUGUUUUUGCAACAUGCUGCUUCUGAACACCAGAGACUGUUUAGUAGCUCCAGGCAGGAGGAGGCGUAAAUCUGUUUGGAUUUAGUAGCCAAACUGAAGGGAUGGAUAGGGGCAGCCCCAUGCAAGUGUGAAGGGGCGGGGGCAGAGCUAACACAGACCCUGGCAGAGCUAACGCAGAUCCUUAUUGUCUUAAGGAAAGACACAUGGCAGGUAUUUUUUUUUUUUACACCCCGCUUUAUAAAUACAUGUUUAUUAAAUCUGCUAAUCUGUAAGUGUUUUGAUGGCAUAGGUUUUAUAAAAAUGGGUUUGCAAUAUUUAAACAGCAGAGGGCUGCAUAAGAACCACAAGCCAAUCAGACUGAAUGUGGCAGUACCGUGUUGAACCACUAGGUGACACAAGAUGAGUGCCUUAUUGUUUGUGAGACUCCAAUGUUCACGCCUCGAGUCAGCCAACAAACAAAAGGGAAUCAAAUGCAUUUUAUCAUGUAAAUUAUAAAUAACAUUGGUGAUAUGCUGGAUCAGCAGUGCUCCUGGCAUUGUAUUAUACAAGAGCAAUAUAAAGCUAUACUCUGGUUGCCUAUGGACAUCGUUGUCAUCCCAUCUCCCAUUGGGGGUGAGUGAGGCGGGUCAACAACGCCAGAAUUCAGAGUCCAAGUGCUUUACUGUUUACCUGAUAAAACAGCCCUCAAUCAAAUGCCUCCAAUUAGACCUAAUUUCAUUAAUGUAAAAACCCAAAUCAUCAAAAUGGCGAUUAGGCUUGUGUGCAUUCGUUCAACUAACAGGACAUGAGACUCCCUCCAAACCAAAUCAGACAUUUUCAUUAAAUUUAGAUUAAAAGAAAGAUUGUUCAAUUUUUUCCCCUCAGUGGCAAUAAAGACAUGCAGUUAGAAAGCCCAUUGGCUACAGCAGGGUGAUUCUGAAGUACAGUUCAAGCUGGUAUCGAUGCUACUAGUGAACAACACAGUCUUCUCCAUGUGGACAUCCUGUAAAUUACGUUAAACAAAAAAAACAAUCCACUAAACAUUUAAGACAAAUUAUGAGUUGAUCAAAGAAGAGCUAAAGACAACGUAUAAAAACCAAACAGUUUAUUAUGUACAUUCAAUAACAAUGACAGGAAACGAAAAGGCAAACAUGAAGAGAAAUACACAAGUCACAUACUGAUAAGAAUAGAAAAAAAAAAA